GAAGGAUGUCCCUUAUCGCAGAGUUAAUUAAACAAUUCUGCAGUAUGUGCCUGUUUAGUGAUGGGCUACUGAAAUGUCACAUACCAGCAACACAGGGCUGCUUUCUUCCGGACGUGCCCCACCACGUGAUCUGACAGCUACUCCGAUAAUCCGCCGAUCUGAGCUUGACAGCAUCAAGCAUGAAACCAUCUCCCCCUCUCGGUUGUCUCCGAUGCUUGGCCUACCUUGGACCCAGUCAUGGGCCUGUCAGGAGUCAGAUGUGGGUUUCAAGGUUAUAGCACGCUUGUCAACGUCUAACAGAGGGGCGUCUCGGACGAAAAGCAGCUGAUACAUGUCUCAACGAGGGAUGGCUCUAUUGCCAUUCUUACAAUGGCAAUUAUUGGUCGUUAUCAAAUGAAGGGGAACUGUGUGUGCCUCAGAUUCGUC